UGUAAGAACCGCCCUUCAGAGGCGGCCCUCCUUGCUCGCCUGGGACUUCCCAGCGGAGUGAGGGACCCAGCCGAGGCUCCCGAGUUCCCUGCCCUGCCCGGAGACGCAGCUGAGAACCUCAAUGUACUCAGAGAUCCAGAGGGAGCGGGCAGACAUCGGGGGACUGAUGGCCCGGCCCGAAUACAGAGAAAGGAACCCAGAGCUCAUCAAGCCCAAGAAGCUGCUGAACCCUGUGAAGGCCUCCCGGAGCCACCAGGAGCUGCACCGAGAGCUGCUCAUGAACCAUAGAAGGGGCCUGGGCGUGGACAGAAAGCCGGAGCUGCAGCGUGUCCUGGAGCACCGCAGGCGGAACCAGCUCAUCAAGAAGAAGAAGGAAGAGCUAGAGGCCAAGCGGCUGCAGUGCCCCUUUGAGCAGGAGUUGCUGAGACGGCAGCAGAGGCUGAACCAGCUGGAAAAACCACCAGAAAAGGAAGAGGACCAUGCCCCCGAAUUUAUCAAAGUCAGGGAAAACCUGCGGAGAAUCGCCACGCUAACCAGUGAAGAGAGAGCACUGUAGAGCAGGGUCGCUGAAGCUCCAGCCUGAGCAGCCCACCCCUGGCCCCCAUGCCCUCCUCCAGCCCUUCUGCAUCUGGCAGCCCUGGGCCCCCAGCCUGGGGACAUCUGUGAUGUUCAUGCUUGCUCUUGUGAAAAUGCCCCAGAGGGCCUGGGCCCUCCUUCCCACCCACCAAGAAGCUGGGAGGCCCCUAAGCUCCCAGGCUUUUCCCUCUGAGCACUCACCGAAGCUGCUGCCGAGAAAACGUUCCCAAGGUACCUCUCCCUGAAGGAGCUUCUGAGCUCUGCUGAGAUUUUUCUGGCAGAAUUGGGAAGGCGAGAAAGGCCCCUCUUUGGCCUGACCAGCCCUCCCUUUUGCCCAGGCCCCACGGGGCCCUGCUUCUCUGGACAGCCCAGCUCCCUGCUCUCAGAAAACUUCCCCGACUGUGGUUUUCCCGGCGGCCAGGUGUGGGGCAGCUAAGCAGAGCAUCUCUGAACACCUGCUCUGAAAGCCAGCGGAGGGGACUGUGGUUCAAGUGCCGCUCGGGGAGGAAGGGCGGGGCAGCUCACAAGGCAGCCUCAGGGCUCACAUCCUGCCAGGCUGCAAGUGUACUAACAAGGACAGCUUCUUGGAGUUUGCCCGCUUCCCCCACACCCACGCUUUUGCUUGCUCCUCUCCACAGCCUCCCUGUCUGGGCCUGGCAACCACAUCUAAUGAGGACUGUGGCCUUCCUGCUCCCAGAAGUCCAGAACAGUGCUUCUCAAACUUGAUUGUGCCUACGAAUCACUGGGGAUCUUGUUAGAGGACCACUUCUGAUUCAGUAGAUCUGGGGUGGGGGCUGAGAUUCUGCAUUUCUAACCAGCUCCUGGGCUGCUGGUCUGAGGACCACACUGUAAGCAGCCAGGGACAGUAAAUACUGGAAACAUCAUCCCUGAAGCCACCUCUGCCCCCCAACUGCCAUGAACCUCUGCCCUGGGGGUUCCCCACCCUGCCUCUGUGGCCCCAAGGGCUCUCCAUUAUCCACCCCAUUCCAGGGCCCCCAGGCCUGGGAAGACAUUUGCCCAGCAAAUUAUGUCGGUUAUGUAAUUGCCAUUGUCACUGGAGAGGUAUAUCGUUGCCAACCUGCAUUUUCUUACCCCACCGUUCUGAUGCACUUCUGGCCAAAAAUAUAUAUAUAUAUUUUACCUUUUCCUGAAACCUAUGGAGAACAAAUAUACAGUGAUUUCCGGUGGGCUUCUGGAAAUACUAACAGUGGUCUGAAGACCCCACCGCUACCCUGAUAGACAGGCUCCUUUGAGUCCCCAUUUCCAGCCCCUGCACCCACUCCCUGCUUGGUUUCCACCACCUGAGCCAGCUCCAGUGAAUUCACUCAUUC